UGGACAUAAAAGAGCAGCUGCAAUGUUCAGCCUCAUCUCUUCAUUCUCAUGCCCUGUUGUCCUCCUCUUCCUGCUGGGUUCCAGUUUUUCCGCUGAAGAAGAUGCUGUGGUAGUCACCAGCACCGGUCCUCUUAAGGGCAAGCAGCUUGAGGUUGGUUCUGGUUCAGUGACUGCUUACCUGGGCAUCCCCUACGCAGAACCACCAGUGGGGAAAUUGCGGUUCCAGAAGCCCCAGCCACAUCAGCCAUGGAGCCAUGUUUUGGAAGCCACCAACUUUGGCAACUCAUGUCACCAAGAAACUUCUUAUUCCUUGCCUUAUUCCGCCAUGUGGGUUGCCAAUGCACCAUUCUCAGAGGACUGUUUGUUUCUCAACAUCUGGGUGCCAUAUCCUCAGCCCACAACACCAGCUCCUGUCCUCACUUGGAUCCAUGGUGGGGGAUAUCUUGCUGGUGCCGGUUCUCUUGACUUAAGUAAUGGAGCACUCUUAGCAGCUACAGAGAAUGUCAUUGUGGCCUCCAUAAACUACCGCUUGGGGUUUCUGGGUUUUCUCUAUUUGCCACCAGCUGCCCCAGGAAAUAUGGGCUUAUGGGACCAACAGCUGGCCAUGAAAUGGCUUAAGGAGAAUGCAGCUGUCUUUGGUGGUGAUCCAGCUUGGUUGACUCUCUUUGGCCACAGUGCUGGAGCAGCCUCAGUGGGUUUCCACCUCCUGUCACCGACAAGCCAGCCCCUUUUUGCUCGAGCUGUGUUACAGAGUGGAGCUCCCAAUGCCCCCUGGGCAUGGAGGAAACCUGAGAUGCUCAAAAAGCAUGCCAUGAGGAUCAGUCGCCUACUGGGCUGUCCUAAUGGAAACCACAGUGAUGUCGUGUGCUGCCUACAGCGAAUGGAAAUAAAAGUAUUUAAUGAGUUCGAUUUUAUCUUCUCACCCACUAUGGAUGGUGACUUCCUUCCAGGAGAGCCACAAAAGCUUCUGGAGAAUGGGUCGAUUCAGGCCAAAUCGCUUCUCGCUGGUAUCACAAGUGACGAUGGGUCUGUCUAUGUGCUAUAUACUGUUCCUAAAUCUGUGCAAAAGGAUGGCUUACUGACUUGGGAUCAGCUCCUACUCGGGAUUAGGGCAACAGGGCUAAUGCACAUUUUCAACGAUGUCAAAGCUGUUGCACUGAAGUACCUUGACAAUGGCCAUGAACCAGAACACUACCGCUGGGCUCUGGCCCAAUUAUCCAAAGAUUACUUUUUUGCAUGCCCAUUGGUUGAAGCUGCUGCCAAGAUAGCAGAAGCUGGAAGCAAUGUGUACGUCUACUCCUUCAACCACCAUGUCUCUGGCUUUGUUUGGCAGGAGUGGAUGGGGGCAGCCCACGGAGCUGAGCUGCCUUUCCUAUUUGGGACCUUGUCAACAGUGCGGGGAGGAACUAACCAAUCCUUAACUGAGGCUGAGGCUGCACUGAGCCGCAAAGUGAUGCGAUACUGGGCGGAAUUUGCCAGAAGUGGGAAUCCCACUGAAUCUACAGCCAGUGAAGUACAGUGGCCCCUCUACAAUGCCACAGAGCAGAAUUUCUUUCCUAUCAGCACAGAGGUCCCCCAAGUUUUGCAGUCAUCACCUGCUCAGCACUGUGAUUUUCUGGCCAUGCAAUUCCUGAGUGAGACACAACUGAAUGUAUCCUCUGGAGUCCCUGUUUCAUCAAGCCAAGCAGAAGAUGGGAAGAAUGAGACCAGAACUUAAUAGAGUAGGGCUGCCAAGCCCCCGGUCUGGGUGGGGUUUUCCCCACCUGGGAAGUUCCCAACCCGCUGGCCCACAAUAGGUGCCAUAGAGUUUUUCCCUCCCAAAUGGCUAAAGUGUCUGGGAAAACAAUAGGGUUUUCCUGGAAACGCCCAGAGUAGCCGCUGCACGACAUCACCAGUGUGGUGAUGAUGUCAUUUCCGGGUGACAUCAUUGCACCGCGCGUGCGAAGAAACUCCCCCACCAGAGGCUGGGAGGGCCUUGGCAACCCUUUAAUAGAGAGUACUGUGAUUGUGGUAAGUUGGAUUUUCAGAUGUACUGUCUGUGAGGAUCGCAGCAUUGCUAGUAUAUAUGGACUAGUUUUUUAAAGAUUAUUGUCAUGAUAAGAGAACCAAGAGUGCUGACCAGGAAAUAGAUAGAGCUAUAGCCUGUAGCACAAAGUUCCGAAUAUAUUUGUGGCUUGCUAAAGACUUCAAAAGAAAUAUGCUUGUUAACCUAGGCAACAUGUUGUCGCCAUGCUCUACCUGAAGACCUGUUGCUUCCACUUUGAAGUUUUUCUGUACCUUCAGGAGAGAUUUUCCUUCUUUGGGCUCUGAACACCUCUACAGUAAUUCGGAAGACAACUUCAUUUUCUUCAUGUUGUGAGUCCAUGGGACCAAUUCAAGUGCUCUGGAUCAAUUUUUGUCUUCUUUAAAGUUUGAAGGACUGAACCUUUAAGAUUUUUGUUUGGGGUGUAUGUGGGUGAUAUAAUUUGUUUCCUGUAAAGAGAUUACUUAUGUGUAUAAUUGAAAUUAAUAUAACAGAGUUAAAAGAAUAUAACAAUAUUGAGAAGUAAA